AUGCCACCUCGCACUCGCCUUAACACACAAGCUUUGCAAUCAACGGCUAACUCAGCACCGGUAUCAUCCGCUAAGAGGUCUCCCUCGAAGGCAGUUUCGCCAUCGAAAAGAUCACACCCCGCCCUGAGCUCGUCCCCCGAAAAAUUGCCAACGAAGAAGAAAACAAAAACCGUCGUCAAGCAGGCCCUCUUAGACCCUGUGCCACCCCCGGCAAGAUGGAAGGAAGCAUACCGAUUAAUCGAAGAGCAAAGAAAGACGUUUAUUGCCCCGGUAGACACGAUGGGAUGCGACAAAGCGGGUGAUAUGGAUCUCAACCAGAUCGACAGCAGCGAUUCGAUCAGCAAAGAAAAAAUCGAUCAACUGAAGCAGAGAUCCGAACGAGAGCGACGAUUGUCUUGUUUAGUUUCACUCAUGUUGAGCAGCCAAACCAAGGACGAAGUGACUGCUCAAGCGACCUUGAAUCUGAGACUUCAGCUUAAAGACUCUUUGACUGUCGAUUCCUUACGUAGCGCCAGCUUAAAUGAGAUCGAAAACUGUAUCAACAAAGUCGGAUUUUGGAAAAAGAAAGCCCAGUUUAUCAAGUUAAUGGCCGAUGACCUGUUCUUGAAACAUGAUAGUGAUGUACCAAAAACGUUAGAGGAAUUGAUCGCUCUCAAAGGCGUUGGACCGAAGAUGGCGUUCCUAGCCUUGUCAAAUGCAUGGUCAAUCAACUUAGGCAUCGGGGUGGAUACACAUGUCCAUAGGAUUUCGAAUCGGCUUGGUUGGGUUCAAACUUCAGAUCCUGAAGCUACCCGGAUACAUUUAGAGAGCUGGUUGCCCAGAGAACUCUUUCAAGAAAUCAAUCAUCUGCUAGUCGGAUUUGGCCAAGUUAUAUGUUUACCGGUUGGCCCGAAAUGCGAGAACUGUGACGUGGGGAAAGUCCAAGGCUUGUGCCCAUCCUCAAAGGUUGAGGCCAAUCGACAGAAACUGAAACUCCAAUCAGGAAAAAGGGAAAAACCUACUGCUUCAACUCCAAGCCCGAAGAAGCUUUCGAGUCGCAGUCAAAAGGCUCAUAUUGCCAUCAAAUUGGAAGAAGCAGAUCACAAUAUCAGUGAUGAAAAAGCAGCUAACCAUGGGUCCCCCAUAUUGAAAUCAUCACGAUUCUUUCAACUUGAUCAGCCUGUCAAACAAGAGCAACAAGAACUAGUUAUCAAAGAAGAAACUCAAGAAGAUGAAGAAGAUAAAACAGAAAAUGAAGAUAAACCAAUUCGAAUUAAGGGUGGAAAUGUAAAUCUCGACCCCAAGACUAGUACCGACUCGAAAAACGCCACCCACAGUUCUUUUGUUUCCUCACCUCUAACUGAAAUGGACGAGGAUGUGAAUCCUCUGCUUUGUUCUACCGACCAAGCCUUAGCUUGGUAA